AUGGCUCUCACUGCGGGCAAGCUCACCAUUCUGGUUGGUGCAGGCAUUCUUGGUUCAGUUCUUGCAAAAGAAGGACGCGUAUCUGAUCUUGUCUCUGGUGCAUUCAAGAUUGCCUGGAAGCAAAUUAUACGAAAUGAUCAGACUCCAUCGGUUAAGAAACCACACAACGACUCUUUGAUGGCCCAGAUGAACAACCUACGGCAGGAGCUGCAAAUAAUGGCAUCAAGUCGACCCGUUACAAUUGUUACUACAAGUCGAACAGGUACUAGAUAUGGUAUAAUUAUUGUUGUAGUGGUGGUAGGAGCUGGCUACAUUUGGUGGAAGGGGUGGAAGCUUCCUGAUAUGAUGUUUGCAACAAGACGUAGCUUAUCCGAUGCUUGCAGUUCUGUUGGUAGUCAGCUUGAAAGUGUUUAUUCGUCAGUUGCGGCCACUAAACGGGCAUUAUCUUCACAAAUGGAUGGUGCGGAACGUUCUUUGGAGGAAUCUAUAGAAUUUAAUACUAGGACACAGCAAGAGGCUAUUGAAGUACGAGAAAGAGCGAAUGCUGUCUGUGAGAAUAUUAGAGAAUUUCAACAUGCAGUGCAGACUCUGGAAACAAAAAUUAAUGUAAUAGAAGGGAAUCAGGAUGUGACUACUAAUGGAGUAUGGAAGUUAUGUGACUAUGCCCUGAACAUUGAAAAGGGUGGAACUGCAGAACGUAUUCAGGCAUCACCAUCCGGUUUUUCUGGCCCAGUUCGUGAACUACCACCCACCUCCCCCUCAUCUUCGGUGACACCACUUCAGCCCUUGAGGCCAGCACUCGAGCUACCCCCAUAUUCAUCCUCGAGGGAGAACAGAGGCAUCUUGGAAGCAGCUGAGGCAUCAAAUCGCGGUGAGGUUUCUAAUGGGUUUCGUGCUCUGGAGGGCACAAACAAAGCAGCUUCCAGUUCUCGGUGGUUUGGGUUUGGGUUUCCAACCUCUAAUACUUCGACAAUCCUAAGGACGCGAAGUGCUACAAGUGGGAUGGUGCAACAGAAACGAUCAACUAGUCAGCAAUUAUGA